AUGGGUCUGAAUUCAUGGACCGACCAUGGCUCUAUUGGUAUCCGGUCCAGCUCCUCGAAGCCAUACAAUGCAAUUGAUGGCAAUCUCUUUAAUGAUGGAGGAAAAUAUUACAUGAACUUUGGUUCUUUCUGGCAUGAUAUUUACCAGGCACCAAUGGGCUCAGCCGCAACCACCAUUUCCUCCUCAGCACACAACAUCGCCUAUAAUCCUUCAGGAACCCAUGCCGUUGAAGGAGCAUUCAUGUACAAGCACGGUGGGUAUUACUAUCUCUUUUACUCUGCUGGCAUCUGCUGUGGCUAUGACAAGUCCAGGCCAGCUUCAGGACAAGAGUAUAAGAUUAAAGUUUGCCGUUCGACCUCAGCGACAGGGAACUUCAUUGAUGAAAAUGGUGUUGCUUGCACUAAUGGUGGUGGGACGGUUGUUCUUGAAAGCCAUGGAACUGUCUACGGACCUGGUGGACAGGGCGUCUUCACAGAUCCUACUCUUGGACCUGUUCUGUAUUACCACUAUGUGGACACCAGGAUCGGCUAUGCAGACGGCCAAAAGCUCUUUGGAUGGAACGUGAUUGACUUCUCUAGUGGAUGGCCUGUGGUGUGA